AUGCCGCGUGUAGCAACUUUAGCCCUAGGCAUUUUCGGAUUCGUUGUCCCAGCCCUCGCCGGGAUACUCGAUACCAGUAAAAAUAUCUUGAAUCUGAAAGCUGGCAAUGGCGAUGGCAGUAGUGACAGCGACGUGCUGCCCGGCAAAUACAUCGUGAGCCUCAAGUCCGACAUCGACAUCGGGGUCCACCUGAACUGGGUGCAGAACGUGCACAAGGGGAGCCUCUCCCGUCGCGGUACCUUCACUGCUGGUCUGGAGAAGCUGUUCGGGUUCGAGGGCUUCAACGGGUACGCGGGGGAAUUCGACGAGGAGGUCAUCGCUCUGAUUACCGCUAAUGACAAUGUCUUAGCCGUGGAACCCGACAGGGUGGCGCGCCUGACGUCCACUACGCAGCGCGACGCGCCAUGGGGCGUCGCGAGCCUGUCGUCGCGAUCGAAGCUCACGAACAGCUACACGCCGUACCACAGGUACUGCUACGACGAGAGCGCGGGGGCCGGGACGUACGCGUACGUGCUCGACUCAGGGGUGUUGACCAACAACAGCGAGUUCGAAGGCCGCGCUAUCAAGGGCUACAACAGCUGGACCGGCACAGAAUCCUUCGACGACCACUUCGGCCACGGGACUCAUGUCGCGGGUACGAUCGCCUCGAAGACGUACGGCGUCGCGAAGAAGGCGACCGUUGUCGACGUUAAGGUCGUUAGGGGUGAGGGUUAUUCAACCGUUUCCCACGUUCUCGACGGAAUAAACUGGGCGGUACACAACAUCACCUCGACACCGGGACGAGCAAGCAAGUCUGUUAUCAACAUGAGCUUAGAAUUUAGUUCCUCGCGAGCCCUCAACAGGGCCGUCAACGCUGCCUCUUUUCUCGGGAUCCUCUCCGUCGUAGCAGCAGGCAACGAUGGCGCCGACGCCUCGGCAAUCUCGCCCGCCUCUGCCAAGUCGGCCCUAACGGUCGGCGCCGUGAGCUGGGACCGGACGCGCGCGUCGUGGAGCAACUUCGGGCGGCAUGUCGACGUGUUCGCGCCGGGAGUCGACAUCCCUUCCCUGUGGAACGUGGAGGGCGCCGAGAUCCUGAGCUCCGGUACGUCUAUGGCGUCCCCGCACGUCGCGGGGCUCGUGUUGUACCUUAAGGGACUUGAAGAGGGUCUAGACUGGCCUGCCAAGACGGUUGCCCGCGUCAAGGAGUUGGCUACUGCGGACGUAGUGGUUGAUGCGGGGAGCGGCAGCCCGAACUUGCUGGCUUAUAACGGCAUUGUAUGA